AUGGCCGCGGCAGCACCACCUCCGGGACCAGAGACGGUCGUAAACGACGACCCCAUGUCUUGGGACGUUGCUUGGCGCAAGAACAUCACCCCCUGGCUCAAGGAGAAGCCCCAGCCCGCGCUGCGCGAGAUCGUUGAGUCGGGCGCCGUCGAGAUGCCGCGCGGCAAGGACAAGUGGGCGUUGGUGCCCGGCUGUGGGUCGGGCAACGACGUCGCAUAUCUGGCCGCUACGCUGGGCGUCACGUCCGUCGGUGUCGAAAUCUCCCCGAAGGGGCUGGAGGUCGCCCAAGAGAAAUGGGCCCACAGCGACCUCAAGCCGGGGGUGCGCGCCCUCAUGCAGUUUCACCUCGCCGACUUCUUCAAGAUGGUCGGCGAGUACGACCUGGUGUACGACUAUACCUUCUUCGUCGCCAUCCCACCCAAGCGGCGCGCUGAGUGGGGGAGGCAGAUGACCGCGCUGACGCGGAAGAACGGCCUGCUGCUCGCGCUCGUGUACCCUUUGCAGGAGCGCGACAAGGGGUGGGGCCCACCGUGGUUCGUGCGGCCGGAGCACUACAUGGAGGUGCUGAGGGCGGAGGACUGGGAGCUGGUGUUCGACGAGAUGCCAAAGACGAGUGAGGGGGAUCAUGUGGGGAGGGAGAGGAUGAUGGUGUGGAGGAGGAAGUGA